GGCAAGCCAAACAGCCAAAGACUUCAGACUGAAGAUGAUGAUCCUGUGUAUUUCUGUCAUGCUUCUAAGUAAGAUGUACACUGCACAUUCUGAGGUUGUCCAUCAACCAGACCCAGUGGUGACCGUCUCUGUUGGUGAUAAUGUCACUCUGCGUUGCUCUGUUCUGAAAGAAGAUCAUAGUGAUCCAAUUGUUUGGUACAAGCAAACUUCAGGACAUCAACCACGUGUUGUUGUACUGGUUCAGAAAUUUGCGGGGAAACCUCAGUUCUAUAAUGAGUUUAAAUCUUCACGUUUUACUAUUGAAAGAGCACAUGAAAUCUGUCACUUAAAGAUUUCAAAUGUCAUUUCAUCUGAUAAAGCAAUGUAUUACUGCGGCUGGAGAAAGUUUGAGACCGUUUUCGCUGGAGGCACAUACUUGGCUUUGAAAGGGUCACAAAACAACCAACAUAAAUUCAACGUGUCUAUUCACCAGCAUCCAGUGACGGAGUCUGUCUACCCUGGAGUUACGGUGACCCUGCUGUGCUCUGUGCUGUCUAAACACACAACAGCAGAUAUGAGAAUGUUCUGGUUCAGAUCUGAUUCAGGGAAAUCUGUUCCUGAAAUCAUGUACACUCGUAAUCAGAGUGAUCAAUGUGAGAUUGAUACUUUUAGGCAGAGUUGUACAUACAAUCUCUCCAAGAACAUUGUCAGCCAAACGGACACUGGCACUUAUUACUGUGCCGUAGUCACCUGUGGAAAAAUUUUGUUUGGGAAUGGGACAAAAAUAAAUAUGGUAAAGCCAGUGGAUCCUGUAGUGAUUAUCUUGGGGGUAUUUCUGAGUGUUUGUGUGGUUGUGAUCACUGCUCAAGCUGUUUUGAUUCAUAAAAAGGAAAGAUACUACUGCAACAGAGAAAAGCUGCUGCAAGACAUUGAAAAACAACAUCCUUCCAGUCAGGACUGUGAUGCAGUGCAUUUGAAUUAUGCUGCCUUGCACUUUAAAAGGAAACCAAAAGAGGCAGAAUGAAGGGAGAAUUACCUCAAGAUAGAGUUUUCGCUUCAGUGAGCUAUUUCAGAUAACUACUGCCUAACUUAAAUUUUCCCAAAAAGUAUGAUACCAAAGUCACGCUUAAAAAUGUGUGAUUGUCAUUGCAUUAUAUGACAAACUAUCAAACCAAGUGGCAUUUAUUUUUUUUUAUGAAGAUUAGCAUACAUAUUGUUCAAGCAAAACAUUUCAUAACAAGAUGUUUGUCAGAUUUUAGAUGAUAAAUCAAUAGCUAGAUAUACUCAAUAAAAAAGUAUUUGGACACUGGUUGUCAAAAUUAGUGAAACAAAUACAUAUUUAAUAUGAGAGUAACUGCACCUGCGGUUACUCUGCUAGAUCAUGUUGGAACUUGAGGGUAUCUAUACUGUAUGUAUAGACUGUAUCACAUAGGGAAUUUACAGACACUCGGUAUUGAUUCCUAUGAUUUACUGACAUUUCUUAAGGCUAAUAUGCAAUUUUAAAGUUUGUACACUCAAUUUAGAAGUCAUGCAGUUGUGAUCAUAUUAAAACAUCAUGAGUGAAGUCAAGGAGUGAAAAAGCAUUUUUUAUUUUAUUUCUUUUUCUCUAAAAUUCAUGUGGAAAUUGUCUUUAAAAUGGGAUCUAAUGGAAUCUAAUCUAAUUUCUACUUCACAAAAAUAUUUGAAAUG